CCAAAGUAACCCUUUAAUUACCAUAAACUGGCACACCGCCCAGCUUCAUCUUUGCCUCAUUCCUUCCAAACCACCACUGCAACGGUACCGGUACCCUUGUUGUAACCACCACAACAGCACAACUCCUGCAUGCAUCCAUCCAUCCAUCCAUCACCUCGAGAAUAAGCCACCAGUGUCCCAUCCCAACAUGAAUAUCCUCAAGAUUGCUGCUACCCACACCAAGGAUAUCUUAGGUGAAACCCAUGGAGCUGUGAAAAAGACGUUUUCCAGGUCCAAAGCGCACCGCUUGCGAUCCACUAGCAGUGGUGGCAGCCAUAGCCAUAGCCCUAGUAACAAGAAGACUCCUCACUCCCGUCAUGACCAUCCAUCGGACAUGGACGUGUACUGCAGCGACACGUACUCGGACGACUUUAUCUUGACGGAACUGAGCAAGGCCGAAAAGGACGUUUGGAUUGUCAACAUUACCUUUGAAGAUUUGAUCACCCGGGACAGUCCUGCCACCACAAAAGCCGUUCAUGCAUUUCUGACAAAAACGGCCCAAAGCAGCACUAAAAAGGGAGCCAACCACAAGCGUCAUUGGGAUACUAUCACUUUUACCGAUGUCAUUUCCAAUUCCAUCGAUUACGAAGCCUACCAGGAUCGAAAGGAACAAUUCCGAGACGAACUCAUGCAGCUGCUCCAGAAAUUCGGAAUGGACUUGGUGCUACCCGUCAAGUUUGUCUGCAAAAUUGAAAUACAUUCCUUUCUGCAGGUAUACUCCAUUCUCAAACUACUCAAGGAACUCGCACGCGAUGCUGGUAUCCUGCAAGUCGCAUCUCCCAGUUUUACUGCUGACAAACCUACCGAAAUUGGACACGAGUUUGCCACCCACGUCGACGGCGAUGCGUUGGAAUGGACCGGACAGCCCGUCGAAUUUCACAUUCGGUAUCAUUGCCAAGACAUGAAUGUCCCGGGAGCCACGUGUCCCAAGGCACUCGCAGCCGUCGAAGUGGAUGGAUACAAUCCGGCGGCCGCCAUGAUUCAUUACUCCGCGCUCGAAAUGGAACGGAUCCUGUCUCCCGAUGGGGAUGCCGAUUGUUGAAACAGGGAGAAAGAGAAAAAAUGCAGUCGACUGCAUGCGUGGACGUACCGUACGUGUCUUGAAACCAGCAGAAACGUGGCGUCUAAUUGAGCUUACGGGGCGACAAUAGUUACGCGUUGUACGUACAUGUACCUCCAUCGAGAGAGUGGUGGCGAGAUGAUUUAAAAGUGCGCCAUGGUGUGGGCUCAACGCUGUACGUAAGUGAGCUACGUAGUGCUAGUAUAUAUAUUGCAGGAAGAGGAAUCGAGAACACGGUAUAUGAUGACCUCGGAGGCUCCACAGAUCCAGGUGCGGGUCGCGCGAGUCAAGUCCUUCUGUGCACUCGAUCUUCCGAUGAUAAUAAAUCACGGAGCUAAUGUUGACCGCUUUACACUUGGACUAGAGUUAGACGCCCCGCCCCGCCCUGCCCUUGCGAGCAACUAAUGCAAAAAGAGCCGCUGGGCCCUUUUCCUCUACCACAAAACAGCAGCGUGGUGACGUGGGGUUUCAUUGGAAUCACCUCUGGAAGGAUGUGCAACUGGACAUGCUGCUUGGCAAUCUCGAGCACUCUCUGAAUACAUAGCAAACAAUGUCCCUUCGUGGGAUUGUGCCGAGGUAAUGUCUCGUCGUCGACACUACUGAAAUGUUCAAUCAAGAAAUGGUCGCUGACCCAAAGCAUACCGUACCGGUAUUCUGAUGGCAGGGGUUACCGACACAAUCGUCUUUUUGUUUCCGUGAGCACUUCCAAUGCUACUGUACUGGUAUUAAUAAUUUUUAAAAUAGUAUUUUGUUUUCAAACUU